AUGUUGGGAGUUUCUGGAGAAUUGUCAAACUACACCAUGAAGACAUGUAAUGGGGAAAGAGAAACCAAGGGAAGAAAUCUGAGUGGUCUUAUUGUGGAAUCUCUUGAUGGGGCGACCAAGAUAGAAGCACCAAGCUUGCUAGAAUGUGCGGAAAUCCCAGGAAAUAUGUCGGAGAUUGCUACACCAGAGGUAGCGAUGGCCUUUCCUCACUUGAAGUCGAUAGCAGGACAGAUCCCACCUUUGAAUAAGAGUAGUAAUGUGCUGCUGUUGUUAGGACGUGAUGUCCCGCAAGUACAUAAGGUUAGAGAGACACGCAAUGGGCCCAACAAUGCACCAGGGGCUCAGAGGCUGGAUCUGGGAUGGGUAGUUGUUGGAGAAGUUUGUCUUAAUGGAGUUCAUAGGCCAAAAACUAUCUCUACACUUCGCACACAGGUACUCAUAACUGGUAGGCCCACAACUUUACAACCGUGUCCGAAUACAUUUCAAAUCCAUACAUUAUUUGAUGACAAAGAUGAUUUCCUCAGUCUAUCAGUUGAAGAAAGAAAGUUUCUUGAAAUCAUGGAAAAGGAAGGCGGACUUCGGGAUGGCAAGUGGACAGCACCGCUGCCUUUCAAGAAGCCAAGAGAACGUCUCCCAAAUAAUAGAGAGCAAGCAUGGUCGCGAGCUCAAAUACUCAGGAAAAGCAUGGACAGAAAUCCUCUUAAAACACAACACAUGCUUGAUUUCAUGGAUGGAGUUAUCAAUAAAGGGCAUGCAGAAGUUGCUCCUCCAUUGAAGAAUGAUGAAGAAUGCUGGUUUUUACCGUUGUUUGGUGUGUACGACCCAAAAAAGAAAGACAAGAUAAGGGGAGUCUUUGAUUCUUCCGCCACAUUUUGUGGUUUGUCACUAAACAAGGUGCUUCUUAAAGGACCUGACUUCAACAAUGACUUAGUUGGUGUGCUAAUGCGCUUUAGGAAACAAGCUGUUGCAGUAUCUGCGGAUGUAGAAUCCAUGUUUUAUUGCUUUGAAGUCGCAGAAAAGCAUAGGAACUUUUUGCGUUUUUUCUGGUAUGCAGAUAAUGACUACGAUAAGCCGCUAAUAGAGUACAGAAUGAGGAAGCAUGUUUUCGGAAACAGCCCAUCCCCAGCCGUCGCAUGCUUUGGACUAAGGGACGUGGUAAAGGAUUCUGAACCAGAUGUUAGAGAGUUUGUCAACAGGCAUUUUUACGUUGAUGAUGACCUUGUUUCAUGUAAGGACUCAGAGUCUGCAAUAUCAUUACUGAAACGAACUAAGCAGGUGCUGAUGCAGCAAGCACAGAUUAACCUUCACAAGAUUGCCUCUAAUUCACAAAUGGUGUUGGAUGCAUUUGCACCAGUGGAAAUUGUCCAGGGUGUUAGAGAUUUCAACGUUUGUGAGGAAGAUGUACCUUUGCAAAGGACACUGGGUGUGCAGUGGCGUUUAAGAGACGACAUGUUUACCUUUAACAUAGAUUUAGGCGAGGAGCCAUAUACAAAACUAGGUAUGUUGUCCACUAUCAAUGGAGUGUUUGAUCCUUUGGGAUUUGUGGCUCCCGUGAUGAUUCAAGCAAGGGUACUAUUUCGCAAAAUGAUCACCUCAUCUACAGACUGGGAUGAAGAGUUGGCGGGUUGUUACCUUCAAGAAUGGAAAUCUUGGAAAAAUGAUUUAAAAGAACUACAAAACGUUUCAGUACCACGUGCGUACCCACUUACCUUUGGUGAAAUGGUUGGACUUCAUGUGUUUUGCGACGCAUCGGAAGUAGCAGUUGCCGCCGUAGCCUACUUGGUCAGUAAAGAGGGUGAACAGAGACACACAGGUCUUGUCUUUGGUAAGUCGAGGUUAGCACCGAAAGCGGGACACAAUCCCUAG